AUGUUUGAAGGAUUUGUUGCAGAUAUACUCACAAGGUAUCUUGGAAAGUAUAUUAAGACAUUGAAUACUGAAAACUUAAAGAUUGGAAUCUGGAGUGGUAAUGUAACAUUAGAGAACUUGGAAUUGAAAAAGAGUGCAUUACAGUCAUUUAAUAAUCUACCGUUCACUGUCAAGGCUGGCUUUUUGGGAAAGUUGACUCUCAAGAUACCAUGGAAUAAUCUAAAGACUGAACCGGUGAUUAUAUACAUUGACAAGGUGUAUUUGGUAGCUGUACCAAAAUCACAAGACGAAUGGGAAGAAGAAGAUGAAGAUAUCAAAAUCAAGAAAAAGAUGGAUCGUCUAAGAAUUCAUGAAUCUUUAAAAGAGGAAAGACAAGCUGAAUCAUUAUCAUCUUCAUUACCACAAUCAUCAACAUCUUCUUCAUCAUCUUCAUCUUCAUCGUCAUCAUCAUCAUCAUCACCAACAUCUCAAUCACCACCAUUAGAUUCAAGUACUGAAAGUACAACAACUAAUAAUAAUAAUAAUAAUAAUAAUAAUAAUAAUAAUAAUAAUAAUAACCCAAGUAGUAUGGGAGAUACUUCAUCAUCAAAUAUUGGAACCAAUUCAACAUCAUUUGCAGAGAGUCUUAGAAACAAGAUAGUUGAUAAUAUUCAAUUAUCCAUUUCAAAUGUACAUGUUAGAUUUGAGGAUAGUGUGACUAAUCCUUUGAACCCACCCUAUUGUUUUGGUGUUACGUUGGAACAUCUAAAGGCAGAGUCGACCAAUGAAGAGUGGAAAUCUACCUAUAUACAUGCACCACAUCAACUUGUUCACAAGUUGAUCACUCUGAAGAAUCUAGCAGUCUACUGGGACACUGGCAUACAAUCAGACAUUUUACAAUGUAAAGAUAUAAAUGAUCUUGAAAAGAAAAUGACUCAUUUAAUUAAAGAUGUCAAAGAUCAUAAUUAUUUAUUACAUCCAAUUUGUGGUUCUUUAAAGCUAUUAAUUAACAAAUCAAUUAUACCAAAUAAAUUGAUACCUGCAUAUACAUUGAAUUUCGAAUUUGAUGAUAUUAAAUUGGAACUAGAGUCUAAUCAAUAUAUGGGUAUUAUGGCAUUGGUCGAAUGGUUCUCUUUGCUGAAAAAAGGAGAGAAAUACCGAAGACUAAAGAAUGGACCACUGGCGAAUGCAAAGGAUCGUUGGAGAUUUGCAAUCCAGUGUAUUCGUAGUGACAUUUCCGAAAAGAGAUCUAAAUGGACCAGAGAAUAUAUAGAAAAACGUCGUAGAGAUCGAUUAGAAUAUAUUUCAUUAUAUAAAAUGAAAAAAAGAAAAGGAAAAAAUUUUUCAGAGGCAAACAAACAUAGAUUAGAGAGUUUUGAAAGAGAAUAUGGAUUUGAAGAUUUAAUUUAUUUCAGAUCGAUUGCAGAUGCAGAGAUUAGAGGAGAAGAGGUGAUUUCAAAGGAGAAAUCUAGUAUUGCAUCUUCGUCAUCGUCUUCACCAAGUUCAUUGUCACCUACUUUAAAGUCAGUAUUGAAUGAUUCGUCGAAAAAGUCAGUGGUUCAUGAUACCCAUGAUACAUCGGCCAGUGGUGGAGGAUGGUUUAGAUGGUUUAGUUUUGGUGGUGAACAAACAAGCAAACAUCAAGAUGAAAAGGAAAAGGAUAUCCUACUAGACACACUCGAAUUGACCAAUGAACAAAGAAGAGAGUUUUAUUCAACCAUUGAUUAUAAUGAACAUCAAGCUUCAAAAAAUAUUGUAUAUCCUAAAGAUUAUGUAAAAAAUAGAUUAAACUUUAAUAUUAAAAAAGUAUCGGUUGCUUUGAUUUUAGCAAGACCAAAGGACCAAAAUAAUACCAAAGACAAAGAUGGAGGAGAUGGUGUGAAAAAGGAGGAAGAUUUGGUGAUUGUAAUGAGCAACAUGUCAUUGAAAUUGGACAAGUUUGUAGAAUCAUUGUAUUUACAAACUAUUUUGGAAACGAUUCAUGUGUAUGAUCGUUAUACUGAUAAUACUGUAUAUCCAAUGUUAAUGGGUCCACUUAAAAAUUCACUCAUUUAUGAAAGUGUAGCUCAAAGAAAUGUAAAUAAUAAUAACAGUAAUAGUAAUAGUAGUAAUAAUAAUAAUCAACAACAACUAUCCAAAUCACAAUCACAAUCUCAAUUAUUACCAUCUUUAAUAUCAUCAUCUUCAUCCAUUCAUACGAGUGGUAGUGGAGUUGAUAUCUCAAACAUACCAUCAUUGAUUGAUACUGAAGAUGCAGUCUCGGAAUAUAUAACAGCCGAUGACACUGCAUCGUCUAUCAGUGGAGAAUACCAAGAUGCAUUGACCGAAAAACAACCUCUUUUCGAAAUGUCCAUUCAAGAAAACCCUCUAAACUCUGAUGCCAACUAUGUAGUAUUUAUUGAAACUCUUCCAUUGGAAAUCAUUUAUAGUAAAUUAAUUUUAGAUUCUGUUUUGGAAUUCUUUGGUAAUGCACCUAGUAAUACAUUAAAAGAUAUUGAAGAGGCAGCUAGAAACCAAAUUAAAAUAUUCAAGGACAAGACUACACUUAGAAUACAAUAUGAAUUGCAGAAUCACAAGACGGUGGAUUUGGACAUUAAUAUCAAUGCCCCUCAUAUCUUGGUACCAGAGAGUUUCUCGUCACUGGCAUCACCCGUUUUAGUUUUGGAUUUGGGUUCGUUUAGUUUGAUCAGUUCAAACAAACCAUUCCAAGGCAAGGAUUUUGAAGCUGUUCAACGUCAAGAUCAAGAUGAUUUUAGAAAGAGUCAAGAAGCAUCAUUACUCAAUGAUCAAGAUAGUGAUUAUGAACAAGAAAGAACUCUUUAUAUAUUGGGUCAACCAAAGAAAGAUGAUGAUGACGAAAAUGAUGAAAAUAAUGAUGAUGAAAGUAAACGUAAAACCAAACAACAACGUAAAAAAGAUGAUAAAAAGAAAAAGAAGAAAAAGGAUUCUCGAAAUAUUUCUUCUACUUCUUCUUCUUCUCAUCAUCAUCAUAAUCAUACAACCAAUCAUACUCAUACCCAUCAUCAAAAUACAACUGAUAAUUCAAGAAUGGAACAUGAAACUUCAAGACUUUUAAAAACUAGUAAUGGUGAUGAAGAAGAAAUAGUUCCAAGUAAUUAUCUUUAUGAUCUUUAUGAAUUACAACUUAAAAAUAUUCAAUUAUUUAUUAUUUCAAAUAAUACGGCACUUCCACUUGUAAAUAAAUUCGAUAUUAAUUUUUCAAUCUAUAAAUGUAUAAUACAAUCUCAAACAUUGUUAACAAAGUUAAAAUUAUUUGGAGAUUUACCAUUAUUAAAUAUUCAAUUAUCAAAAGAAACUAUUGAAAUGUUGAUAAGAAUUAUGGAUUCGAUUAAACCAAAUGAAUUACCACCAGUUUCAACUGUUUUAUCUACUCCAACCACUCCAAUCACCGAUAUAGAGGGAUUGUAUUCCUCUCCUCUACAAUCACCUUCACAGCAACAAGAAGAGACUACAGAGGAAGGUAAUUUCCAAGAUAUACCAGCAUCUGACAAUGAAAAGAAUCCAGGACCAGGAUUAUUAUUGGAAGAAUUGGAAUUAAAUCCAGCUGAUCAAGUACCCAUUUUAAUGUUAUACAAUACAUUGUUGGAAGUUAAUUUCUCGUUGCCUGCAAUUAGUUUGGUCAUUACUGAAAAUGAAAAACCAUUCAUUCGAUUGUUUAUAAGUGGUAUUGGUGCACAGGUUCACAAGAGAACGUACGAUGUCUCUAUAUUGCUUACGUUGAAACAUCUCUACAUCGAAGAUCUCUAUCAAGUAUUCCAUGAUCCAAAUAGUCAUCUUAGGUAUUUGGCCAAGUCGUCGACGUCCAUUAAUACUAGCUCGAGUGGUGAGAUGGUGGUGGAAGAGAAUGAAAAUUUAAUAACCGUUUCAAUAUCAUCGAUUCAAAAGACGUCACCUCAAUACAGUGGUAUCUCUCAACAAAUUGACAUCACCUUUAAUACUCUACAAUUCAAUUGUAACAAGUUGAUCGUCACCAAAUUAAUUGGACUUACCAAAGACAUUGAAUCUAUCAUUAUUGAUACUGUAUCUAAAAGACAACAUCAUCAACAAGUUCAACAACAACAACAAGCUCAACAACAGCAACAAGAAUCAAGUCCUAAUACCAAUACUACUGGAGGAGGAGGAUAUAGUACACUUAAAAAACCAACUACAUCACCUCCACAAGAAGCAUUUAAAGCAGACAAGAAUAAUCCAAAGAUUAUUAUUGCCAUCACCAUGAAAUCAUUGAUUAUCAAUUUCAAUGAGAAUGAUGAAUCCUAUUUUGCAUUCUCUAUUAAACAAUUAUCACUUAAUUUUGAUAUUGAUAUUGAAUCUUCAGUUAUGAGAUUUAAAUUAGGAAAUUUAUUAAUUCAUGAUAUAUCAAAAGAUGCAUCAAAAGAUUUAGGACCAUUAUUUGGUACAGAUGGUGAACACAUGGUAGAGAUUUAUGUAAUGUCUUAUAACAAAUCGAGUCAGAGUAGUGGUGAUGGUGAUAGUGAAGGGGGAGACAAUACACCCAAUGUUGGAUCUCCUUCCUAUUCAACUUCAACCAAAUCAACUGCCACUGAACCACCCUAUGACACUACUAUUAGUGUUAGAAUGAGUUCGGUAAAACUAAUCGUCAUUCGUAGUUUAAUCGAUCGUCUAACAGAAUACUUUGAAGAUUUUGAUAUUGAUAACAAAAAAAUCAAAGAAAGUGCAAAAGGUGCUGUUGAAAUGAUCACUGUUAAACAUCAAAAGAAAAAGGUAUUAUUUGAAGUUGAUGUAAAUGCACCAAGAAUUAUAUUCCCAAAGAAUUCAUCAUCACCUUAUGUGAUUAUAGCAGAUUUGGGACAUAUAUCAAUAUUCAAUUGUUAUUCAUAUUGUUUGGAUUCACCUAGUAUUGUGUUGGAAGAGUCGUUGGUCGAGCCAAACCUCAAAAAGAAGAAAAAGAAAAAGAGAACGAUCCAACGACUCGACAAACACAACAUGUUGCCAUCGGAAGCCGACAAGAACGAUAUUCGUGACCAGAUUUCAUUUAGAAUUCCACACAUCUCUGUGGAAAUCUUUAGAAAGAAUAGAAGCGAGUCUGUAGUAUCAUUUGAAGUUGACAAGUUGGAUUUCUCCAUCAUCGAGUAUCUCUAUGAUUAUGAAUAUACUCUUUUUACAAUGAAUUCAAUUGAAUUGAUUGAUACUAGAAAAUCUGCAAAUAAUCAAUUUAGAAAAUUAUUAUAUCAUUCAAAAAAUGAUCAAAAUGAAAAAGAAUUGACAAUUGAUAUUUGUGAAAAGAGAAAUGGUGAUAUGGAGAUGAAGAUAUCGUUGGAUCAUUGUAGAGUAGUGUUGGUACCUGAAUCGAUUUGUGCGAUUAUUGAUUUUGUCAUGCCGGGUGUCAAAGCACUCACGUCACUCUCGGAUAUCGAGUCACCUGUUUUGUCUCCUUUAAUCAUUCCACCUGGUUCACCAACCACUGGUUAUGGAGAGGAUGAAGAGGAUGAGGAGGACGACGAUCUAGAAUCAAGUAGUGAUAGUAUUGCUCCUAUUGUUAAACGAACACCUGUCAAAGCAAUGCUAGAAGAUAAUAAGAAAAUGGAAGAUGGUGAUAAACUCAACAACAACAACAAGUCUGGAACGACCAUUUCAUUGUAUAAUACAAAGGAAGGGUUACAACCACAAAAGAAUAUUCAUAUACAAGUGACAAAGGCAGAGAUUUGUAUGAUUGAAAAGCCAGAGCGACUAGACAGCCGCGCACUCAUUGUCAAAGCUUCGGCAAUUGGUAAGCUGGCGACACAGACUGGCAACAUUCUCACAUACUCUGACUUUCAAAUGUGUGUUGACAAGUUUGAAUUGUUCAAGUGUCGAUUGGACGACCUCAUACACACGUCCGUCUCUAUCAUUGAUCCGUUCAACUUGACCGUCAAUAUAUCGCAGGUCGAGGGAGGUGACGAUGAACUGCCAAUCGAUAUACUCGUGUCGGUCAACCCUAUCCACAUCACCUUUUCAUACCAAGAUUUCCUGCUGUGUCACCAGAUCUACCAAGACAUUGCAGAUACGGUCAACAAAAUGAUCGACGAGGAGAUAUUUGAAAAGUACAAACAACAAAAACAAAAACAACAACAAAAUAAUCUUCGACUCAGUCGGUCUAGUAGUUCAAAGUAUUUAAGAUACUCUACUUCAUCUCAACAUAUUCCUCAACCGACGUCGGUACCUCCACCACUACCACCCAAAUCCAAACCAAGAAUCAAUUUCCAAUCACCACGUAUCAAGAUUACAUUGAUUAAUGAUCAUGGUGGAAAGUAUGCUGGUAUAGCCGAUUUCAAGAUAUCCAAUAUAUCACUAGAGGUGUUGGACACUAAAGUGUUGAUGGCCAUGUUUAUAGUUGCCAACUAUUUUAAUCCACAAAAAUCAGCUUGGGAACCUGCCCUUGAAGAUUGGGGAUUCAAAUUAGGUAUUGAAACUAUUGAAAAUCAACAACCAAACCUACUUCAAAAGUCACAAGACAUGACAGAAGCUAUUGAUCAAAAGAAUGGUGUUGGUGAAAAGGAUGUUUCAACCAAUAUAGUACUAUCUUCAAGUCGUCAAAUGAAUCUAAAUAUCUCUAAAGCUCUCAUUGAUACUCUUUAUUCAUCAUAUCAAACUAUCAAACAAUUGGAUCUCAUUACUAAAUUUAAUGAUAUUAAAAAGAAUGAAAAGAGAGGUUCAUCAUCAGCAGCAACAACAUCAGUAGUAGAAGAUAAACCAACAACAAAAGAUGAUAAUAAUAAUAAUAAUAAUAAUGCUGGAUCAACAGUAUUUACACCAAUUGAAAUACCAUCAAGAUUUAUUUCAUCUUCUUCAACACUGCUGCACACAUUUAUCUUGAGAAAUGGUACUGGUAUGAAAUUGGAAUGGUGGAUUAAUAAUGUUAGUGAUAAUAAUAAUAAUAAUAAUCAACCUCAACCAGGACAAAAAAAAGAAGACGACUCUGAAGAAGAAGAGAAUGAAGAAGAUACAAUUAAAUAUCAUUCAUAUCAACAUCCACAUCAUCAUCAUAAUCAUCAUAAUCAAAAUCAACAAAAACAAUAUCUAAAGAAAUCAUUUGUUGAAAAUGGUAGUGAUAUUACAUUUAGUUUGGAGGAACCAAGAAGUAAAUUUAGAGAUGCAACUUCGAUUUCAAACUAUCGUAUCAAUUUGGCGAUGCAUGGGUGGCGGGAAAUCACCUCUUUGCCAAUCGACAAGAGUGGAACCUUUUUCUUUAACCUCACACCGUCCGACCCACAAAUCCAACACCAACAGUCGAGUCUGACCUACAACUAUCAACAAUUGGUGUAUGAGAUUACAGUGUGUGAUGGUAAUCGUUUGUUGAUCAUCCGUUCCAACACUCUGAUCACCAACAAUACCGACGGUCCAAUACAGUAUUUUGACAAACCAUUCUACAAUCCAACCGUGCGUGAUGAGGAGACUCUGCCCUACGGAACAUUGUCGACAAUCGGUCCGCACGAGUCAAAGUCAUUGCCAUUGGCACCUCUCCAAGUGCAGUAUCAACACCAACCACACUUUAGAAUAUUUGACAAGUCGUCGGGCAAGCAGAGCACGCCCAUCAUGUGUGAGCAACCUGCAUUCUUCCAACUGUGUAUUCACAGACGUCUCUAUUAUAAUGUGCAGAUUGACACGCACUAUAUGGACAGUACCGAAGAGAAUGAUAUGUACAAUGAAGAUGACUUGGACGAACAAGAUGGUGAAGGAAUAGGAGGAGGAGGAGACGACGACGAAGAGAGUAAACAGCAACGUCAAAGACAACUAUUGAUGGAACAACGCAACAACCACAUCAUUAUCAUUUCCGCACCACUGGUGAUUGAGAAUACGUUGUAUUGUCCCAUGUCUGCACGUAUCUAUGACGCACUAUCCAAUGAAAUGUUGGAAGAGUUUACUUUGGAACCUGGCAAAUCUAUCCAGCUGCUAUCAAUCAACACGCAGUUGAAAACAAUGAUGCGUGUCAAGGUUGACCAGUUCAAGUGGAGCAACUUUUUCCAAAUCACCAGUUCCACUGAACGAGAUAUUAACAACCAACUCAUUAAAAUGAAUAUGGACAAUGCAACGUCGACAGCGGGUAUGGUGACACUGAAAAUUGAACAACGAUCAUUGUAUGGUAUCGCCAAGAUAUGCAUUUACUCUGAAUUCUGGGUGAUCAACCGUACUGGAUUAAAUGCCAACUUUUCAAUCAAUAAUGGUGAAUACACCAUGAAGUCACUCACCCAACCAUCACUCGAAGAAUGUAUCGACCCAUACAAAGAUCCAAGAGAAUGGUACGAUAUGAAGGCACUGAUUCCACCACCUCUCAUGAUAUCACCUGCCGAUUCAUUCGUCUCUUUCAAAGUUGACAAUAGUAAAUCAUCUCAACCUGUUCGUCUAUCAAAAAUUAAAGCCGACGAUGAUAUAACAAUCAAAAAAAUGAAAUUUGAUAAAGAAUUAUCUUUACAAUUUAAAACUUUAAUUUCUGUUGAAAAAGAGCAUUUUAGAACAAAACAAUUAACAAUAUCACCAAAAUUUAUUUUAAUUAAUAAUUUACCAUUUAAACUUUAUUAUUGUCAAAAGGAUUCAUUGGUUUAUAAAGAUUAUCAUGUUGUACCUGGUGAAUCACUUCCGUUCCAUUAUUUGGAUGAUAAUUUGGAACAAUUCAUGUGUGUUAGAUUGGAUACUGACAAUCCUUGGAGCGGUGCAUUUAAAACAUCUGUCACCAAAGCAAUUUAUUUGUCAUUAAAACUUCCAAAGAAACCACAACAACCACAACAGGUCAAUAAUAAUAAUAAUAAGGAUGAAGAUGAUGGAUUAUAUAUGCCAUUGGUUCAAAUAUUACAAGAGAAUGGAUUAUUCUUUAUUAUUUUCAAUCCUCAAUCAAAGAAUUAUCCACCAUUCAAAAUUGAAAAUCUAACUCCAUUCCCAGUUAUCAUUUCUCAACUUGAAACAAAUAUUAAACAUACUAUAAAUAGUAAAAAGACAAUUAGAUAUGUAUUUGAUGAACCAUUAUUGGAAGAUGUAUUAGAGAUUACAAUACCAAAUACUCGAUAUUCGAGGACGAUGAAAUUGAACAAGUUGUAUAGUUCAAGUUCACCGAUUGUUAUUAAAACACAGACUGGUUAUUCUGCAAAGAUAAAGACAUUGGUCUAUGCAAACGGUCCUACCAAAGUAUUGUGUUUGGUGGAUAUCAAUCAACCUGGUGCUGAAGCAAAUCUACCCCUCCCACAACGUGAAGGUGAUCCAACCAAUACCAACAAUCAACCUCCCAAUAGAUUAUCGGUCGAUGUGUAUAUGGGUGGUGUUAGUAUAUCACUGAUUGAUGGUCAACCUCAAGAACUAUUAUUCUUGACGCUGCGUGGUAUCAAUAUCAAGUUUAGAGAAUCCUACAACUAUGAACAAGAUAUUCAUCUAUCAAUCCACCAACUCAAAGUUGAUAAUCAACUAUACAACACUCCAUACCCUGAAAUUGUUACUACUGAUUCAAAGGAAACUCCUUCCUCCUCGGAAUCAGAUCUGGAUCAAGAUAGUAACCAUUUCCUAACUGCAGUCUUUUCGAAAUCAACCAAGUACCAACUGGAACAACAAGAUAAACAAGUUGGUAUAGAUUACAUCAAACAAUUGAAAUUCAAAAUUCAACCAUUGAAAGCUCAAAUUGAUGAAACUCUUAUCUAUUGUAUCUAUCAAUUAUUAAUUCAAUUGGAUUUCUUUAAAGAUAAACCAAAAUCUAAAUUAAAUUUAACAUUUUUACCAAUACCAGAAACAGUUGAUAGUAAAAGAAUGUAUUUUGAAGAAUUGAUAAUACCACCAAUCGAUAUUCGAUUAAGUUAUUGUUCAUCAUUUUAUUCGAAAAAAUUGAUUGGAUCGGUGGCAUCGGCCAUGGCCAAUAUCGACAAUGCACCACUACACUUGGAAAGAUGGCAACUGGAACAUCAGUUUAUCACGAUUGCCGAGAUGGGGACUGCACUGUUAUCACAUUUCAAGUGGGAGUUUGGCAAGAUUAUUCUCUACUCUGAUAUGUUUGGUGCACCCAUGUCUCUGACAAACAGUCUGUCACGUGGUAUAAACGACUUUAUCAACGAGUCACGUGCCGGUAUCAACCAGAAUGUGGUGUUGGGUGGUAUAUUCAAGGGUACACGAUCGUUGCUCAAAAACUCAUUGUAUGGUAUAUUCAACUCGACGAGUAGAAUCACUGGCAGUAUUGGUAAGGCAAUGGCACCAUUGUCGUUUGAUUCGCGGUACCAGCAGAUGCGUGAACGACAGCAAAACAGGGCAGCUGCACCAAAAUACUUUGGUGAAGGGUUAUCAAUGGGUAUCAAAGAGUUUACUAAAGGUGUGUCACAUGGCUUGGCCGGUAUAUUCAAUCAACCAGUAAAAGAUUUCCAAGAUAGUGGUAAUAUUGGGUUUUUGACGGGUCUUGGAAAAGGUGUGAUUGGGUCGAUUGUCAAACCGACUAUUGGCGUCAUUGACAUGCUCAGUCACACGUCACAAGGUCUGCGAAAUAAGUAUCGUGAACCAAUCGACUACCAUCAAAUCCGUACACGACCACCUCGAUUCAUCGACCCCGAUGGCACCAUCCAACCAUACAACUAUGAAAAGUCGUACUGGCAAGAGAUACUAUUUGCCAUUGACCGCGGUCUCCAUUACCAUAAUCGUGAAAGUCAAGUUGACCAUAUCAUCUAUUACAGUUAUAUUCAUAAUACUAAAACCAAAAAGAAACGACACACCAACAAUUAUAAUGACCAAGAUGAUGGUUCUAGUUUAGAUACAACAACAACAGAUGAUUCAAAUUUGGACAACAACAAAAAACAAUUAUUUAAACAUCAUAUAUUGGUAUCUACCAAAUAUUUGUUUUUAAUUGAUGAACCAGUCCCAAAAUUACGAUGUUCAUUCCUACUCUCGACACUAAGGCUUCGUGUACUUUCAUCCGAAAAGAGUCUGCUAAUUGAAAACACCAAACAAGAAAGAUUCUUUACAAUUCAAACAUUGGAUAAACUAGGAAACGAUAUCUCACUACAACUAUUUACAGAAUUGAAUGAUAUAAUCUUGGAUUUAAAAUCUAAAAGUGGAAUCUAA